AUGCCCAACGAAUCUCUUCUUGCAACCCACCUAUUCAUGUUUACUGGUUUCAUGAGGGUGCAGUGGUGCUCAGGAAUGAGGUUCAAGAUGGCGUUUGAGACUGAGGACUCUUCUAGGAUCAGCUGGUUCAUGGGUACCAUUGCUUCUGUUCAGGUUGUGUUCUUGGGGCUGCUCUUGCAUGUUGUCUUGUUUGGUUUGUUGGUAGGGACCAGGGAGAGAACAAUCAGAUUUCUCCUCCCACAUAUCAUGUCAUGUCUUGCAUCUUUUGCCUUGUAUCAGUUUGUGAAAAUUCUUGAAUCCGGGGUCUCGAGAUUUUGGCUCUUCUCAUUUGGUUAG